ACUCUCCCUCGCAUCCUCAUGUCCGCGCUCUCUCGCGAUGGGUCCCCAAAUUCAACACCCCUACCGUCCAAGCCGCUGGGCCAGACACCCCCCGUGGUCAUCCCCUCCCAGAAGGCAAAGGCGGUAGAGCCAUCGCCAAAGUCGCUCUCGCCUGACGCGGCGUCGCCGCAAGUAGCAGCGCGCCCGCCGCCCGCUCCAAAGGCCGAGCGGCGCAAGCCCACCAUCAAGCCGACCAAGGCUGCCAUCACAGUCCUGAUACGGAUAGGCGUGCGGAACAAGGGCUGUGCAGGGCUCUCGUACCACCUCGAGUACGUCGACAAGCCCGGCAAGUUCGACGAGGUGGUUGAGCAGGACGGCGUGAAGGUCCUCAUCGACAGCAAGGCGCUCUUCUCUAUCAUCGGCAGCGAGAUGGACUGGCAUGAGGACGCACUUAGCGCGAAGUUCGCGUUCAAGAACCCGAACAUCAAGGAUGCGUGCGGGUGCGGAGAGUCAUUCAGUGUCGGCUCGUGAGCGGUGCGCGCC